AACAUAUUCAAAAUCGUGCUCUUUUACCGACUGAGUUAGUCUCAAAAUAUCCGCGCAGGCAUAUCCACUCCUCGCGAACCUCGUAACCACACUCAAACUUACCGAAGGCUGAACGUUACACAUAUCUCAGAUGUUUUACAGUAUAGAUUUACUUUCUUCUCAUCGAGGGAAAUUCGGCAUUAUAUGGCUUGCAGCCACUAGGGUAAGAAAACAACUUUCGAGAAAGGAACUUAAUUCUGUUAAUAUUGUAACUGCUUGCAAUGAAAUAACUUCAUAUAUUUUAGGAGAGACACAACUUCGACUUUCAUUAUAUUUGGCAUCACAGUUAACCUUUGGUGUAUGUAUCAUCUACAGAGAAAAGAUUGUUAUUAUGCUACGUGACUUGCAAGAGCUUAGUCAGAAAGCUUAUGCAACAACAAGCUGGUCCAUUGACUUACCCACUUGUUCUAAAUCCCAUACCAAGCGAAAAGCUCGUGUAUCGAUCGAUGAUCCUGAAAUACCUCUGUUUAACUUGUAUAAUGAAACCAAUGAUUUCGGAAAUCUUCAGCUGCCUGAUUUAUUUUGGCCUAAUAUCAAAGAACCUUGCCUGGAUUUUAUGGAUACACAAACGCUGUAUCAAGCACGAAAUGAAGAUAUAACUUUGGUGGAAGAUCCUUUAAUUGAGACAACUUAUGGUCAUUUUUUAUUUGAAGAAGAUUUGUUACCGGAUUUUACGACUGAGUUGAUGAAUCGUGAUGAUCAUCCUAUUCAACCAAUCGAUUUAAUUCCUAUUGACAUUCAUCAAAGUGAACAUAGACAUAUUUCUAAACAUUUAGUGUAUGCGAAUGAAAUUGGCGCUACGGAAUAUUCUGUAUUAGAAGAAACAUACCAUUUAGAUAAAUCUCAGAGGCCCAUAAUUAGUGUUCAAACAAACGUACAAGAAGAUAAUGUAGCAACAGUGGAUUCUACGUCGAAUCAGUUUGUUCCUGUUUGUACAGAGACAACAGCAAUGAAGUCUCCAAAAGAUUUAAACACUAUGGAAGUACUUGUUGAAGAAAAUAUUGAUAUGAGCACAGUGUCACAAUCUUCUGAUAUACCUAUAAGCUCAGUGAAUGUAAUUUCAGCCAUUGUGGAUAAUGUACAAUUGCCAACUGCUCAACUCAACACUGAAUUAAUCAUUAAUGAUAAUAAUAAUAAUAAUAAUAAUAAUAACAAUCAGUUGGAAAAUCUUGAACAAAUAAACAUUCCAUUGGCUAAUGAUUUUGUCACAGAAACUGAGAUCACACAAAUUAUGCCUCAAUUAGAAGAAGAAAAAGAAGAAGAAAAAACUAUUGAUGGUACUCUUGAACAAAACAUACGCCCAAUUUCAAUAUCUCAAUUAAGUCCAUUACAUCCUGUUGAAUCUGGCGAGAGUACUCGCCAUCGUCGAAUAAAAAAACACACGAGCAAGCUUAUUAUUGAUGAAAUUACUCGACUAACCGGUUCAGAAUUACGUUGGAACAUGUCACAUGGUGAGGAGACUAUGGUUACACGAGAUACUUAUUUGGCUGAAUCAGCACCGCGUAGUCAAACACAACAUCUGUUGUCACGAAGUGUUCCACGAUUAUUCUCUGUACCAAGUAAUUUGGAAACUGCUCUUAGUUUAAGACUUUGUGAACUUUGGUGUUAUCAUCGUCGUUUAUGUGAAAAAGCUUUACAAAAAAGAAAGUGGGAUGAGUUAUCAGUCGAUCUUGAUGAGGAUCCAGUCCAAACGAAACGUCAUCAAACGAAAUCAUUAUCAACAACUAAAAUGAAUACUAUUACAGAAGUAAAUGAAUCAUCAAUAGAAAUGCAAAGAAUCGGUGCAGAUCAUUCAUCAGUUGCAGUUGGAUCAGAAUCUCUUUUUGGAACUAGUAAUAUCAUUGAUGUAACUGGUAAUACUAAUAAUCAGACUGAUCGUCUAGAUAAUGAAACAACAUAUCAUCAUGAUACUUUGAAAGAAUUUUUAUCAGAAGAAUUUAAUAAAAUGAGUAAAGAUAAUGAUCAAUUGUAUGCUAAAUGUGAAUUAACCGAAGCAAAUUUAUUUCAUUAUUUACGUUUACUGAGAUCAUACCUGACUGACACAAAUUAUCCACUUAGUCAACAAAGUACCAUUAUCAAUAAUCCACUUUAUACUACUACUACUACUGAUGAUUGUAUAACACAUAUUACUGCUCAAACACAAUAUCAACAGAAUAAUUUUAAUGUGACCGAUACGAUUGUACAUCAUUUCGCCAUAGAAAUCAAUGAUAAAUUAAUUCAGUCAACUAUAAAUAAUAAUAAUAAUAUUCAUCCUUUUCUAAGUCUCAAUAAAAAUAUCGAAAAAGAAUUUCUAUUUGAAUUAAAUGAACUUGCAUUGGCUACAAAAAAUUUAUUAAAUUGUUGGGAAAUGAAAAGUCAUGAAAUUAACUAUUAUUCAUCAAUAUGUCAACAAUUUUUCAAGGUAUUACUUAAUUUUUGUAUGAUUUUAAUAAAACCGUAUUAUUCUUAUUCUACUGGAGAAUUUGAUCAAUUUUCAAAUUUCAAUUUAAAUGAUUUACGAGUAAAAGUUGAAAAAGCUGAGCAACAAAUUAUUGAUUUGUCGAAUGAAUUAAAAAAUCAUAAAAUUCAACUUAAUCAAUUCACUGAAAAAUUGGAACAACAGCAAUUAGAAAUUGAUAAUAAUAUGAAGAGGAAACUAAAUAAUGAUCAGGCAACCAAUCAACAAUAUAUGGCUGGUGAUGAAAAUGUUCCCAUUCAAGUGGCAAAUCAAUUUACAAAUGAUAAAUUAGAAUUUAAUCAAAAGCAUUCACUUUAUUUAACUGAACAAUCUCUCAUUAAAUUAGCUGAAUUAUACGAUUUUCUACAAGAGCAAGUCAUUCACAAGCCAAACACAUUAGUUAAACAAAAUGAACAAGAUAAUCAAUUGUCUAUUCAAACAAUUGACCGAAUACUUAGUGAAAAAUUUGAAAUUAUGGAAAAGAAUUUCAGUGAAAAACUUCAAUGUAUCUUACAUGUUAUAUAUGAAGAGUUAAAUUGGUAUAAACAGAUUGUAGCGAAACUUUUCGAUGAAAAAUCAAUCCUAUAUGAAUUGAUUGGUGGUACGCAAGUACCGAAGAAAGAAUAUAUAAGAAAGGAACUAGGCGAAAAUAAAUUUAGAAUAAAAGUGGCUUCCACAGAACAAAUUGUCAAUAAAUCAUACACAUCUUCAAUAAAUAUUGACAAACAAUGUGUUAAAAUUUUAAAUUCAACCGAUACCAAAAUACCAACUAGUUCACAAGAGUCAAAUAUAUAUAACGCAGAAAAUAAGGAGCUAAUACUUGAGUCAAACAAGCCCAUAAAGAAAACAUUCAACAGAACAAACGUUGUACCAAUGUCUACUGCGAUUUUUGACAAUAAAAAGUGGAACAACUUGAAAUGCAUUCUUGAACGUUCUGGUCCAUUUCAUCGAUCAGAAUUUGAACCAUCCAAUGAACUCUUAAGCAUGGUUAGAGAACAUGUAAAAAUCCUUGUCAUUGGAGCUGGAGGUUUGGGUUGUGAACUGUUGAAAAACCUUGCUAUGAUGGGGUUUUGUCAUUUAGAAGUUAUAGACAUGGACAUAAUUGAUAUUUCUAAUUUGAACAGACAAUUUUUAUUCCGAUCUCAUGAUGUCGGUAAACCGAAAGCCAAUGUUGCUGCUGAUUUUAUUAUGCGCCGCAUUCCAACAUGCAAGGUUAUUCCACAUUACAAGAAGAUUCAAGACUUUGGUGCAUCAUUUUAUCAACAAUUUAAUGCUGUUGUUUGUGGUCUUGAUUCAGUUAUAGCUCGGCGAUGGAUUAAUUCUAUGCUGGCAAGUCUAGUUCGUUAUGAUUCAGAUGGCCAACCAGAUCCAAAUACUGUCAUACCUCUUGUUGAUGGUGGAACAGAAGGAUUCAAAGGACAUGUGCUUGUUGUUCUGUAUGGUUUAACUGGAUGCCUAGAAUGUACACUUGACUUAUAUCCUCCACCAGCCAAUUUUCCUUUAUGUACUAUAGCUCAUACUCCACGUCUUCCAGAACACUGUAUAGAAUAUGUAAGAAUAUUGUUAUGGUCAAAAGAAAAUCCUUUUGGAGAUAAUAUUGUGAUCGAUGGUGAUUCACCUGAACACAUACAAUGGAUAUAUGAAAAGUCAUGUGAAAGAGCUAAUCAAUUUGGGAUUUCAGGUGUUACAUUACGUCUUGUACAAGGUGUUGUAAAACGAAUAAUUCCUGCUGUUGCUUCAACCAAUGCUGUUAUUGCAGCUGCAUGUGCAACUGAGGUCUUCAAAUUGAUUACAUUCUGUUAUGAUUAUUUGAAUAAUUAUAUGAAUUUCAGUGAUAUCGAUGGAGUUUAUACGUAUGGAUUUUCAGUGGAACGUAAACCUGAUUGUCUUGCUUGUAACAAUGUACCACGAACACUUAAAUUACAAACACCUUGUACAUUGAAAGAUGUGAUUAAUAUUUUGAAAACAGAUCCGGAAUUUCAAAUGCAAUCACCCAGUAUAACAACAAUGCUUGAAGGUCAGCAUUGUUCAUUGUAUAUUAAUCUACCAGAGUUAGCUGAUACGUUGAAAUCAAAUUUGUCUAAAAGUCUUCAAGAACUUGGUCUUACCAACGAACAAAUCAUUUAUAUACUUCACUUGAAUCGUUUAUCUUGCUGUUUGCAUGUAUGUUCAUUGUUCGGUUAUCGAUCACCCUCACCGAUAAUCACUAUCAAUCAAUCAUCAAAAUGGUUUUUCACUUCAACACUGACUACUAACAAACUAAAGCCGAAAUCUAUUAAAUUAGUCACUUUAAUUUCUGAACCAUAUGCUACACAGGAUGCAUGGAAUUCCACCAUACCGCCUCCACCGGAAUCUGGUCCAUCUGAUGAGCGUUGUUAUACAUGGUCAAGUGUAUUUUCGAAUUCCAUAUCAAAACCAAUUAUUAUUGAUGUACGUAGUCCUGGUGAAUUUAAUGAAGAUCAUAUUUAUGGUGCAAUAAAUAUACCGGUUUUAGAUGAUAAAGAGCGAGCAAUUGUUGGCCGUUUAUUUAAUGAAGGUGAUCAUGUUCAAGCUCGUCUUUACGGCGCAUCUAUGGUUUGUGCCAAUAUUAGUAAUUGUCUAAAACAACUUGCUUCUCAAUAUACUCCACAGCUGAACAAUUCACUACCGGUAAAUCAACAACACCGCAUGAUUAAAAAUAAAAAAACUUUAAAAUAUCCAGAUUUUUUAAUUUAUUGUUGGCGUGGUGGUCAAAGAUCAUCGUCUCUAGCAACUAUACUCUCUGAAACUGGUUGGCCUGCUAAUAUUUAUACACUUGUUGGUGGAUAUCGUUCUUGGCGUCGACUUCUACUUCGACAAUUAGAUGCAUGGCCUCGUUGGUCAAUACCUAAUCCAUUUUGGGUUAUAUCUGGUUUGACUGGAUCUGGUAAAUCAUUGAUACUUCAAGAAUUACAUGAAUACGGUGAGAUUGUAUUAGAUUUGGAAUCUUUAGCUGAACAUAAAGGUUCCAUGUUUGGUGGCAGUCAAUUAUCAGACACUACUAACACUACUACUAGUAUUAGUAGUAGUAGUAGUAGCAGUAACGAUACCGGUGAUUAUCAAAGCCCUUCUAUCACCACAUACAAAGGGAUUUCACAAAAAAUUUUCGAAUCUCGUCUACAUCAUACAAUGAUGACUAAUCAGCAUCGUUUAUUAGCCAAUAAAAGUAAAAAUGUUUUAUGGAUUGAAUGUGAAUCACGUCAUAUCGGACCGUAUUGUGGUAUAUCCGAUGGUCUAUGGUCACGAUUAAGAUCUACUGAUCCAAUGAUUGGAACACAUCGUUUAUGGAUUGAUAUUACGGAAGAAGCAAGAGUUGCAUGGAUUUUAGAAAAUUAUGCAAAUGUCACAAAGAAUAUUCCACAAAUCCUGAGUAUUGUUAAAAGUUUAAACAAAUAUUUUCCAAAUAAACUUAUUAAUCAAUGGAUUGAUAUGAUUGAACGUGAAGAUUUCACUAGUUUUAUUACUGGUCUACUACGACAUCAUUAUGAUCCAUUAUAUCGGAAAAAUCGUUGUCAACUCAUAGAGAAUGCUAAAAAAUCUGGUCUAUUUCAUACUAUCACAUUACAAAGUGUUGAUAAAAUAACUAUACGUACAAAAAUUCUACCACAAAUAUUAGAUAUGGCUUAUAGUAUUUUAAUGAAUCUCUGUUGUAACUUUGCGAAUCAUGUACGAACUUAUGCAAAUUUUAAUUACGGAAUUAAAUUGUGUAAAUCGUUAAAUUCUUCAUCAUUAUCUCUUCUCAAUCAAAAUCUUUUAAAAAUCAAUAAAAAUGAAUUAUCAACAAGUUCCAAUUUAAAUCGUCGUCCUGGUAUCAUUUAUCCUCGACCAGUUAGUCGUUAUUGGGCAAUUAAAAAAUUGUCUGAUCCAAAUCAAUACACAGUUGAUGCAUUGCCUGUACUACGAACUGGUGGACGUGGACCGGAUGGUAAAAUUCAAUUGAAACAUGUAACAACUGGAUUAAAUCGUCCAUGGUUUAUGGUAGAUCAUAAUCGUUCUAGACAAAUGUUAACUAAAACAAUUCAUGAAGAAUUAGUAUUACAAGUCAAAAAUACAUGGUGGAGACAUCCAUUUAUUGCUUUAGUCGCUUCAGGUGAAGUGAAAAGAUGGAUUAUUGCAACGGUGAACAUGAAACCUGGUGAUAUUAUUCGUUCACAUGUAGAUAUUCCUGCUAUUCCAGUGGAUCCAAAAGAAGGUGAUGCUCAUCCAGUUGGUGCAUUACCAGUUGGUACAAUUAUUAGUCAAUUUGAAAUAAAACCAGGUCAAGGUGCAUUAUUUUGUCGAACAGCCGGAUCUAGUGCAACUAUAUUUCGUCGUGGUAAACAUGUUGGUUCAAAGUUGAAUGAAGAAUUAAAUUUAACAUUAUUAUUAACUAAUGAAUUAGAAGAUGAACAUGUUGUAUUUGUUAGAACAAAUGGUAAACGUAAAAUAUACAAACUUUUACCAACAUGUAUGUGUGUAGUUGGACAAGUGUCUAAUGAACAUCAUGAUAAGUUUAGAUUUCGUAAAUUCGGUGAAAAAAAAUGGAGAGGCAUUAAACAACGCAGUGGAUUAUGGCAACGUAAAACUGGAAGAUUCGGUCGAAAAAUAAAACCAAUUGGUCCACCUGUUGAUCUGGUUUCAUCCAAAAGCUCACCAGAAUACUAUCAAUUCAAAUGUUCUUAUCCUGGUCGAUCAGAAGUGACCAAUAAUAAAAAACGUGAACUAUUUGAAAUGUUACAUGCAGAACCUGAAUUAAGACCACAACCUAUUCCUGGACGUUAUAAUGCAUUGCCUGAUAAAGGGAGAAGACGAUAUCGUUGGUGUUCUUGGUCAUCUGUACGAUAAAAAAGUAUUGAGUAGUAGUAGUAGUAGUACUACUACUAC